AUGCUCUCCGGGUCAGGCCGACCGGUUCCACAGAAUAAGCUUCUGCUGCAUCCUCUGAGGGAACAGGCUGAUCGGGUGUCAAUGUGGGAUUGUCAGCCGCCUCCGCUCAUUCCGUCCUCAGAAGCAUGUGCAAAGUCAUUGUUGGCUUCGGUCACCGGUGCAUGUCCUCCUCGUAUGCAACCCUGUGGAGCCCCGAUUAAGUAUGAUUCACAUCAUUCUCAUGUGAAAAUGGGUGAAACUAACACACCCGCAUACAUCAGUAGCCCUGCUUUGGCACAGUCAGUCCAGGUUCUCCCUACAGUCACUGAACUGACUGGCACGGAUAAUCGGAUUUCCAAAUCACAAAAUGCAACCCUGUUUGAACUGUUACGUCUCCCUGAUUCAGACGAUCCUUACCACAUAGACUUAUCCAUUUCACAUGAUGAAGACGAUAAAUGGACAGACGUCGGAAGGAGUUCUCACGAACCUGCAACCCCCGUGUCGCUCACACCGCCAUGCACAAGAUUUGGUUUAUACGGACAACAUUCCAUCACCCAUACCUUGAAACGAGACCAUCCACUCAUACCGUCACCGAACACUGCUGCAGCUGCAACACAACGCAAGACAGCUUAA